UUCAGCACAGAGGUACGGUCGGUCUGCAAGAGGAAGAGGGACGAAGAAAUGAAUAAGAGGGCAGUGGAGGAGGAAGAGGAGAUUGUUGCAAAGGAUCUCCUCCUUUGGGGACAUGGGGAUGGUGAUGGGGAUGAUUAUUGUAGUUCAAAUACGGAGAAUGAAGAAGAAGCUGCCUUCUCCCUCGUCGGUCUCGACGAUUACGGUAUGCCCUCUUUUCAGCUUUCGACACCAGAGCGUCACGAUGACCAGCAAGACUUCCUACCCCUUCUCCAUCCCACAAGAAGUAGUGAAACGAACAAGCCUGCUGCUUCAACUGUGGUUGACGCUGAGCAAUAUAGUUUCGCCUCUGAUUUCUAUCGCUGCGGAACAGAUUGGUCUUGCUUGUUGUUUCAGAAUGACAAUAUUAACCGUUACUCUAACAAUAACGGGGAAGAGGAUCACAAGAAUCUUCCCAAUUCUAAUCCUAUGUCUAUGUCUAUGUCUAUGGCGAAGGACAACAAGAAGCGGAAGCUCAUACAGGCAAACCUAUUCCAGAUUUGGGGCUUCCAAAAGGAUAAUAACAUCAAGAGUUCCAACAACGGUGGCGAUGAUUUUGAUACUAGUGCUGGUUACGGUAAUAGUAUCAAUGAAGUCGCCAGUCAUCACCACCACCAACAACAUCGUCCCCGUUUUUGCUCCUUCUAUAAGAAAAUCCCAGGGACGCCCUUCACUGUGGAUGCGUUCCGCUAUGGUUGUGUCAAAGAUUGUUCUGCAUAUUUUCUUACCCACUUCCAUGCUGAUCACUAUGGUGGCUUGACCAAGGGAUGGUCACAUGGUCUUAUCUACUGCACUCCACUCACUGCUUGCUUGGUCAGAAUGUAUUUAUCUAUAAAUUCAACGCUCAUUCGGCCUCUUCAAUUGGGCACUGAAUAUGUCAUUGAAGGAAGCAAAGUAACUCUGCUUGAUGCUAAUCACUGCCCAGGUGCAGCUCUCAUUUACAUCCGCCUCCCAAAUGGACAAUGUUACUUGCACACUGGAGACUUCAGAGCUUCUAGACUGAUGCAAUCUUAUCCUCUCCUUGCAAACCAUAGAAUUAAUGUGCUUUAUCUUGACACAACUUAUUGCAACCCAAAGUACAAGUUCCCUCCCAAAGAUGAUGUACUAAACUUUGUCGUGAGAGUCACUAAGCACUGUCUGAAGAAACAACCCAAAACUCUUGUCAUUGUUGGGGCAUAUAGCAUUGGAAAAGAAUGUGUUUAUCUUGCAAUUUCCAAGGCAUUAGGGGUCAAAAUAUACACAAAUGCUUCGAGGAGGCGCAUUUUGCAGUGUUUUGGAUGGUCUGAAAUUGCAGGGAAACUUUGCACACAAGGAAAGGAUACACCUCUUCAUGUUCUGCCCAUAUCAUCACUUAGAUUUGAGAUAUUGGAGCGUUACUUAAAGACUUACAUGAGUCAAUAUACAGCGGUUUUGGCAUUUCGGCCAACAGGUUGGACCUACACUGAAACUGUUGGAAGCCACCUGGAUCUAAUAAAACCUGUUUGCAAAGGCAUUGUUACUAUUUACGGUGAGAUAGAUCGGAUUUUGUCUCAAAUUGAUAAAACAAAGUGCUAAUGAGCUAAUUAUCUGCAAAUCCUUGUUUUGGUUUGUGCAUAUAAAUGGUCCACUAUUCUUUUAUCCUAAUUUCUGCAGGAGUUCCCUACAGUGAACACUCCAGCUUCACAGAACUGCAAGAGUUUGUUCAGUUUCUGAGGCCUGAGAAGAUAAUUCCUACUGUCAAUAUUGGAAAUGCUGCAAAUCGAGAUAAGAUGCAGUCCUAUUUCCGGGAGUGGCUGAAAGGCUAAUUUUCUGCUGGAAUUCUCUAUUUCACUUUCUCAGUCAUGCAGAUCCUUUUAUAUUUGGCAAGAAGACCAACUUGAUUUGAACUCGCCUUAGAUAAAAGGAUCUUUAGUCAUCUUUAUAGUCAAGAUGCAGCAGAUCAGAUGCUCAAAUUGAAGAAGUCAUCAGUGAGAUCUCAGGUAUGCAAACACUGAUUUUUCCAGUUGAUGGCCUUUUGAUGUUAUCUUGAUCAUUGUUUACCAGUAUUAACUAGUCAAUAUUUGCUUAAUGGAAAGUUCUUUUGAUGCUUAUGAAAAUACAUGAAGAGUUGAGCAUAUUUUCCAAAAAGCCUGUUGACAUGCUUUGCAUUUCAUGGAUUUACGAUAUCUGUUCAUAUAAUAGUGGUAAAUUUGGAAUGCGAAACUCAGUUUUGAAAAAACAAGAGCAAACAUGGAUAAACUAAUCAAGAAGGUAGAAUUAUAUAAGUAAUAUACUCAUGGAUUUUGCAAUGUAAUUUCACUUUCAUCUCCAGCACAUGACUGAGGUCGUUUAGCAUCUCCCUGAAGCAUGGACAGGUCAAAACUUUUGAGGCUUGAACUAUAUGCUGGACUAGCAGACAUGCGCUUUGUCAACUCAGAUCCAUUCUUCCCAUCUUGUGAUUAAACUAAGUAAAUAUUAAGCUCCUGACAAAUUCAUAUUGAGGUUUGGUUAAAUUGCUAGCAUCUAAAAAUUGAUCACUAACUUUGGAUUCAAUUUGAGCAGAACAUCAUAAUUAAGUUACUAAAAUUAGAUGGAUGUUGUAAAGUUUCAGUUCCACUAUUAUUGCCUCAUCACCAACUCACUUUUAACACGAUCAACAUUUCAGAAGGAUUGAUUUGUAGAGUUGGCAGAUUAUCUCAUUGAUUAGUGAUGGUUGUUAUUUAUUGAUUUAUUGCUGUAUAUGCCCCCAUCCUGCCAAUG